GCCCUUGCCAAAGUAGUUCCACUAAUAACUAUUAUUAAAUAGAAUUUAAUCCUAAGUCGUUAGUUGAAGUGAAAUCGCCAUUUAUCCAUUUGACACUCUGUUCUGAGGAAUAAAGCCCAUUAGGUAGAAACUCGAAUGAAGAGCUACUGUAACUAUAAUGGCACGUUGUAGCAGAAGCCGUGUGACGAUUUUUCUUCUCACCAUGUUACACAUUCUGGCAUGUUCUUAUUUAAUAUAUCUGUACAAUACAAUUGACAGCAGACGACAGUAUACUCCCAAAAUAGAUGCUCUAGAUGUCAGCCUUUACAAACCUAGAGAUGAAGGUCCUUUAAAGGUCAGCUUUAUCGAGAAAGUCGAUCCGAUUAAGAUGGAAGAUACACAUACCCUUACGAAGGAAGACCUGCUUACAAUAGAUAAAGUUAUGAAGGAAAGGAGAGAGAAGGUCCAACAAGCCUGUAGAGAAGAUCCUAAUCUGAGCAUUAAAUCAAAGAUUUCUCAGUCCCGCCUUUAUGUAAAUGAUAAACUUAAGGUACUGUAUUGUUUUACCCCUAAAGUUGCUUCGACAACAUGGACAACCAUCCUUAUGGCACUGGACAGGGGAAUAAACGCGACUCAAAUAAUGACAAGUGAGAUGGCGUUCAAAAAAAGAUCAAAGAACACCAAUGUUGCAUUAUAUUUGUGGAAAGACUGGAAGAAAUCAUUGAGAAAAUUAUCAUUGUAUCCUCCAAGAGAACGUGACAAUAUUUUAAAAAAGUAUUUCAAAAUGUUCUUUGUUAGAGAGCCAUUUGACCGUCUGUAUUCAGCUUGGAAAAAUAAAUUGAACGUCUCAACUCCCGGAUAUUACACAGAGAAAUAUGGUCGGGACAUUUUACGAAAGUAUCGUAAGAAUGCGAAAGUGACUGACAUAAAACAUGGCGUUGGAGUUACGUUUGAAGAAUUCACCCGAUAUAUACUUGAUAUAAAUCCUGGAAGGACCGAUCCUCAUUGGCAAACCAUACAAAGCACGUGCGCCCCGUGUUUUAUCAACUAUGACAUCAUUGGUAAUAUGUACGACCUUGAUAGGGAAAGUCAGUACAUACUCUCAAAAUUAGGAUACAAUGAUGUUGCAAUGCCACAUUUAAACUCCAUGAAGUCUGCAAAAAUGGAUGUUACUAAAAAGUUAAAAACAUUGCCAACAAUACCUGAAGCCAACAUGAAUCGAAUCCAGGAAAUGUAUCAUGUUGACUAUAUAUUAUCAGAAGCCAUUGGCUUCAAGAAAUAUCCGUACACUUAGUUGCAGAGCAUUACCUCUAGCCAAGAAUUGACUGGAGACUAGCUGAGUAAAUCUCACAUACAUUGUAUCUCGAG